AUGGCACCCUCUCAUAACCCUUCGCACAGGCCCAGAAAGAAGCGGAAGGCAGACUUGAUCUCAUCUAGCAGCUCCAAUGGAACUCUGGUACUCGAUGGAUCCAAACGCGAGAAGCCAGCUUUCCCCCUGGUAGCCUUCUUCUGGCCAGUCAAGGGGACCAAUUCUCAGUGGAUUACCCUGCCGGUGAUACUCAUGGUCGUUGGGCUUUUCAGGUGGUGUACAGCAAUAUGGCCAUACUCGGGAUUCAAGAAGCCUCCCAUGCACGGCGACUUCGAAGCCCAGCGACAUUGGAUGGAGCUCACGAUUCAUCUUCCUGUCACUCACUGGUACUUUCAUAAUCUGCAAUGGUGGGGACUGGAUUAUCCGCCCUUGACAGCCUAUCAUUCGUGGAUACUGGGAACAUUUGGAUCAAUUAUCAAUCCAAAGUGGUUUGCGCUCUAUCUUUCUCAGGGCCUGGACGACGCGGUUCUGAAGGUCUUCAUGCGCGCUACCGUCUAUGUGUCGGAGCACCUGGUUUAUGUUCCUGCUGUCAUCAUCUGUGUCCGACACUUAGCAAGACAUCACAACAUCAAUUCAUGGGAGGCUGCGAUCGCACUUACUGCCAUCUUGAUGCAACCUGCGACAAUACUCAUUGAUCAUGGCCACUUCCAGUACAACACUGUCAUGUUGGGACUUGUCGUUGCAACGAUCUCAAGCAUGCUGGCUGGAAGAGCACUCUGGAGCUGUUUCUUCUUCGUUGGCGCAUUAGGAUUCAAACAGAUGGCACUUUUCUACGCUCCAGCGGUCGCUGCCUUCCUUGCUGGAUCCUGCCUGUUCCCUCGCAUCAACGUCGUCAGGUUCCUUGGCAUUGCGAUUACUACUGCUGGCUCUUUCGCCUUGCUCUUUCUUCCACUGCUGCUCGGAACCUUUUACGAUACAUAUCGAAAGGUACCAUUGCCUUCUGAUAUCACCUUACCGCCACUGCUGUCUGCGAUCCCAUAUCCUGUCUCGGAGAAAGCCUGGUACUACCCAUACCUGGUACAGUUGACACAAUCUGUACAUCGUAUCUUCCCAUUCGCACGAGGCUUGUUCGAAGACAAGGUUGCCAAUGUGUGGUGCGCCAUCCACGCAAGCGGUCUCCACAAACUGCAUCAAUAUGAUAAAGCUCUAAUGAGUCGCGCUUCUUUGGGACUAACCUUGCUGUCCAUUCUACCGCCUUGUCUGAUCAUCUUCUUCAAGCCGAAGCGAGAGCUGGUGCCAUUGGCUUUUGCCACGACCGCCUGGGGCUUCUUUUUGUGCUCAUAUCAAGUCCACGAAAAGAACGUGUUACUUCCUCUGCUGCCGAUGACCCUGUUGCUUGCUACAGAGGGCGGUAUGAAGCCGGCGGUCCGCGCUUGGGUCGGCUAUGCUAAUCUGCUCGCGAACUGGACUCUCUUCCCAUUACUACACAAGGACGAACUACGAAUCCCAUAUCUGGUGUUGACUUCGCUCUGGGCGUAUCUGAUAGGUAUGCCGCCUUUCGGCAUCAAAGCAUAUACCACACCUGCUGCGGAAGGGGGCGUGACUAUAUUGACCACUCUCAUCCACCUCGGCACAGUUGCCGCGGCUCUUGUCUGGCAUGGUCUCGAGCUUUUCGUUCUUCCACCGACGAACAAGCCUGAUCUAUGGGUGGUUGUGAAUGUAUGUCUAGGCGCCGCAGGCUUCGGCCUGUGCUACCUCUGGUGCCUCUGGAAUCUGGCGCUCGAGAGUGGUGUUCUGGGCGUACUCGGCGUUCGCAAGAAGUCGGUAGCGCAGGAGAAGAAGACCCAGUGA